AUGCGAUGCGGCCGUGACAGGGUUGGGGACGACGAUGAUGUGGCGAUCGAAGUUGAGGUGGGGGGUCUUGUGCCAGUGGUUGAGGCCUCGGGCUAUGGCGGCUAUGGAUCUGGGGUGGGAGAGAAGGAGGGAGCUUCUGAGGUGGGACUUGACGGCGGAUAUGAAUAUGUCUUUAUUGACAUAGGGAAGAGAGACAGAGGGUGA